GCUUGACCACUCCGUUCUUUUUACGGUGAUACGGUGCAUCUGUUGAUGUGUUUCGCAUUGUCGAACGCGAAUCCACUUUGUCGCUAUCGUUCUUUCCGCUCGAAGUUUCGGGAAAGGUGAAACAAAAAGUGUCUUUUGGAAGAAUUCUAAUCCAAAUUCUUUUUUUGUUUGGGAGAGAUUACCUGUGUUAAUCUAUCGGCGUUCCGCUAUUUUUGGAAGAUCGACAUCUUUAUGAAAUUUUGAAGAACGUUCCGAGGCGUGCUCCGAAGGAUCUGCAAAUUUGCUCCGAUUUGGGGGUCGCUCUAUCUAUCUGAUCGACUCGUGGAUCGAGCUAAAUUAUGAAAAAAAAUCAGAUUUUUACAAUCUGUACGAUAUUUUGCAAAGAAGUUCAAUGCCCGCGGUGAGCAAAGAAAAACGAUGGCAGGAUGUCGAGUGUGGAGGAUAAUUUUAGUCGUUAUCAUUAUGUGGGAAACGACCACAAACGCAAACAGUGCGAACGUCGCGCAAAUCACUGCAAAUAAAGAUGACAGGAAAUCGUUGGAGCCGAAUAAAUACAUUUAUUCGUGGACAGGACCAAACGCUUUGGCCAGAUCGGCCUUGGUAGAGCGACAGGAAAGAUUGCAGUAUAAUUGUGAGCUCGAAAGUAACGAGGCAGAUAUCGAUGAGUUAAAUCCAGAAUUAUUCAGAAAUAUUCUUGUGGAUGAUUUGCACGAAUUGCUCUAUUGCUAUGUUCCCAAGGUAGCUUGUACAAAUUGGAAGCGCGUACUAAUGAUCGCGACCGGAAAAUGGUCCGGUAAUGAUCCUUUAAAAAUACCGGCCGAUCAAGCUCAUUCCCCGGGUACUUUUCAACGAUUGAGCAAUUACACAUUGCCCGAGAUAGAGAAGAAAUUGGCGACGUAUGAUAAGCUGAUUGUCGUGCGACAUCCGCUGGAAAGGCUUUUAUCAGCUUAUCGAAAUAAAUUCGAGACUAAACACGAGAAAAGUGCAAAAUAUUUCCAGAGCCGUUUCGGCAAGAAAAUCAUCAAAAAAUACAGAUCGAAUGCCACCGAAGAUUCUUUAAAGAACGGUGAUGAUGUGACGUUUCGCGAGUUUGUCGAUUUCGUCACCGAUGAUUCCGAGAAUGGAACUCGAAAUGAACAUUGGAGACCAAUAUACGAGUUGUGCCAACCAUGUAUAGUUAAUUACAAUCUCAUAAGUAAAUACGAGAGCUUGGUCGAAGAUGCCACAGAAGUUCUCGAACGGAUAGGCAUCACGUCUAUGAAUUUUCCAGCUAAGCCAUCAAGCAGCGAACCGACAUCGAGAAAAUUGGAUAGAUAUUACUCUACUUUAAGUUACAAGCAGCUUCGUAAACUGGCAGAUCUGUACAAAUUAGACUUAAGGUUGUUCGACUACUCUUUGGAGGAUGUGUUGGGAUUUUCUUUGGCUUAAGUCGUCCGUAUUAACAGAGACAGAUGUACGUGAUAUACAAAUUUACUGUCAGAUCACUAAUCUGUAUUUAAAACCUACGUAAUCUAAGUAUACAAGACAGUUUUACAUGCAUUAAGACAAAUAAUUAUUACUGCAUUUUAUAAAUGUAUAUAAAGUUCUAAAAUCUCAGAUUUCAAUUUUAUCGACAAUCUCUUUGAAUGGAUCUUUAAUAGAAUGGAGACAUUUUUUUUUAUAUAGAUGAUAUAUUGUUGCUACCUCAUAUUAUAGCAAUUGUACUAUAUAAAAUUCUAUUUUAAAUCAAUAAUUUAUAAGAAAAAUAUAUAUAUAUAAAUGUUGCAUGCACAUCUUAUUUUUACAUUUUUUAAAUGACUUUUUUUAUAUAUUAAGAUAACUCAGUAUUAUUGAUAUAGCCGAGCAAUCAAAAUUGAGAUAUAUAACAAAUUCUGAGAUAUAGAUAAAGAUAAAUAAAGCUGUGUUAAAUAAGUGAUUGAAUAAUUAUAAACUGUUUUAUAAGCUCUGAAAUAUGAGUUAUACAUGCAAUUUUGUGCCAAAAGAAUUUAACGAUAAUUAAAUUAAAGAGAAUAAAA